AGACCUUCGGGGCCGACACAACUCUCUCCAAAGCCCUCUCUUCUAACCACCAAAGAGGUCGUCACUCACUAGUGCCCCUAUAACGCACGGAAGCGGCCAUGCCGAUUCUCGCGAGUCAGCGAGCUGAAGAGAAUUUCCAAGUUGGUGCCUCCGAUAACCACGGUGACGGCGCGAUGAAGCAGAGGGAGUCCCUCGCAAAGCUAAGGCUCUCGCUGAAAGGGGAACCUGAGUUGAACGCUAGGAGUGAUGCUGACUUCCUUCUACGCUAUCUUCGCUUCACGAACUCGGAUGAAGUGAGGGCUCACAAAAUAAUUAAGAGCUACUACAAACACCGGGCAAGGUAUCCCAAAAUUUUCGACCAGCUUACGCCAACGAACGUGGCCGAAGACUUCUCUCGGCACCUAGUCAGCGUGCUGCCAGAGCGAGACAACCACGGCCAACCGGUCCUACUCGUUAGAAUAGGAGCUUGGCCGUCGGAUUUAGCACAAAUUAAUUUUAAUCGCCUCGUUGCCCUGACUUUGGAACAUGUGGCGAUGGAUGCCGCUUCUCAGAAAUCAGGGGUUUCGAUACUUUUAGAUUUUGACUCCUGGUCAAUUGCGAAGAUGAUGACCCUCGAUAUAGGACUUGUCAAGCAAGCUGCCCAAAUGAUACAAGAACUCUUGCCCUUCAGGGUGAACCAGGCACACGUAGUCCGGCAGCCCAAUGCGUUCAGCAUCUUCUUUUCACUUAUGAAACCAUUCCUCGGAAAAGCAGAACAGGACAGGUUUCUGUUCCACGGAACAAACUUCGAGGCGUUGCACACGCAUAUUCCGAAAAGUUCGUUGCCCAAAGAAUACGGUGGUGACGGCCCUUGUAUCAACUACGACGGCUAUUUCGAAAGGAUCAAGCGCCAAGAACAAGAGUUUAUCGAUAUUGCUUGCUACGGAUACACGAGAAAAUCUUGAAGGCGCUGGUGAAACCUGCGUCUGCGCACUGCGCAUGCACCCCUCAUUUGUAAAUAAAUAUACCCCCUACGUAUGUCCAGUCACAUCGAAAGAAAAUAAAGAUAAUGAAGAGAUCCCUGGUCUUGCACCAAUCGGAUGCCGCUGGAAAUAUUUUUCA